CCGCCAGCACCAGACUGAUUUUGCAUGGGAGCUAGUAUUAAAUAGCUUCAGUGUUCCAGCAGUUUUCUCGUCAGCCGCAAUCUACUCAUCUCCAAAUGCCUAAAAACAGUAAAGUUACCCAGCGAGAGCACAGCAACCAGCAUGUUACAGAAUCAGUUGCUGACUUGUUGGCCCAUGAGGAGCCAAUAGAUCACAAGGCCAGUGCUCUAACUGUGUCUGGAGAGCAGUGCGGAGGAAAAGAGCUGGAAGAAAAUUUAGAAGAGGACAGACCAGCAUGGAACAGCAAAUUACAAUAUAUCCUAGCACAAAUUGGAUACUCUGUGGGUCUGGGCAAUGUGUGGCGAUUCCCAUAUCUGUGCCAGAAAAACGGUGGAGGAGCCUAUAUGGUGCCGUACCUGAUCCUGCUCAUUUUGAUUGGCAUCCCUCUCUUCUUUCUUGAGCUGGCUGUGGGACAAAAAAUUCGUAGAGGUAGCAUUGGUGUGUGGAAUUACAUAUGCCCACGUCUUGGAGGAAUUGGCUAUGCUAGCUGUGUGGUUUGCUUCUUUGUCGGCUUGUAUUAUAAUGUCAUCAUUGGAUGGAGCAUAUUCUACUUUUUCCAGUCAUUCCAGUAUCCUCUACCUUGGAAUGAAUGUCCACUUGUAGAAAAUGGAACUGUAAACAUGGUGGAACCCGAGUGUGAUAAAAGUUCAGCUACAACUUACUUCUGGUAUAGAGAAACUCUGGAUAUUUCAAAUUCAAUAUCAGAAGGAGGAGGUCUAAACUGGAAAAUGACACUGUGCUUGUUCUGUGCAUGGACUAUUGUAGGAAUGGCCAUGAUUAAAGGCAUCCAGUCCUCAGGGAAGGUUAUGUACUUUAGCUCACUCUUCCCAUAUGUGGUGCUUAUAUGCUUCCUUAUACGUGGAUUGCUGCUUAGAGGAUCUGUUGAUGGUAUUCUUCAUAUGUUAACCCCUCAGAUUGAUAAGAUGCUGGACCCCCAGGUGUGGAGGGAGGCAGCAACGCAAGUUUUCUUUGCUCUAGGCCUAGGCUUUGGUGGUGUCAUUGCCUUUUCAAGCUAUAAUAAGCAAGAUAAUAACUGCCAGUUUGAUGCAGCCCUUGUCUCGUUCAUCAACUUCUUCACCUCAGUGCUGGCCACCUUGGUUGUAUUUGCUGUUCUUGGGUUCAAGGCAAAUUUGAUGAAUGAAAAAUGUGUUGUACAAAAUGCUGAAAAAAUUCUUGGAUAUUUAAAUUCUCAUGUUCUGAGCUAUGAUCUUAUUCCACCACAUAUCAACUUCUCUCACUUGAGCACAGUAGAUUAUACUGAAAUGUAUCAAGUUAUUAAAACUGUGAAAGAGAAUCACUUUCAAGAUCUUCACCUUGAUGCAUGUUUGUUGGAGGAUGAACUAAAUAAGGCUGUACAAGGAACGGGAUUGGCAUUUAUUGCAUUCACUGAAGCCAUGACUCAUUUUCCUGCAUCUCCAUUUUGGUCUGUUUUGUUUUUCUUCAUGCUGAUUAAUCUUGGGUUAGGAAGUAUGAUUGGCACUAUGUCUGGGAUCAUUACACCCUUAAUUGAUACAUUUAAAGUACAAAAAGAAAUAUUAACGGUCGGCUGUUGCAUCCUUGCCUUCCUGCUGGGCUUGAUCUUUGUUCAGCGUUCGGGGAAUUAUUUCGUCUCCAUGUUUGAUGAUUACUCUGCCACUCUACCACUCACCAUUGUGGUCAUCCUGGAAAAUAUUGCAGUAGCUUGGGUGUAUGGCACAAAGAAGUUUAUGCAGGAGCUCACUGAAAUGCUUGGAUUUCGCCCAUACAAAUAUUACUUUUACACGUGGAAGUAUGUUUCACCAAUCAUUAUGGCAAUUCUCCUAUCAGCUAGUGUAAUACAGCUGGCAAUUAGUCCUCCAGGAUACAGUGCAUGGAUCAAAGAACUGGCAAUCGAGCAAUUUUUGCCGUAUCCUCCUUGGGCUUUGUCAUUACUUAUUUGUCUAAUAAUAUUGGCAAUACUUCCAGUACCUGUAAUCUUCAUUCUUGCACAUUUCCAACUAAUACCAGAUGGUUCUAACAGACUAUCUGUAUCAUACAAGAAGGGUCUUAGAAUGAAGGAUAUUUCCAACUUGGAGGAUAAUGAUGAAACACGCUUUAUACUCAGUAAAGUGCCUAGUGAGACUCCAUCUCCAAUGCCAACUCAUCGCUCAUAUCUAGGCCCAGAAAAUGCUUCUCCUUUGGAUUAUACUGGCACAUCUAACGGGCAGUACGGUAGUGGCUUUGUAAUGGCCGCCACUCCUGAGUCAGAACUGUAAUCCUUCUGUGUUCAACCACAAUGUCAAACGCAAUGGACAUUCAUUUCUCCAAAAGAAAGCACUUUUCAAAAUUAUUUUCUGCAAAAGCUGGUUGCACAGUAAUGGGAUGCUGUGUGUAAAAGAGUUGAAAUGGAUGUUUCAUCAUAUUACAAUCUUAUCCACCUCUGGUACGUCAGUGGUGGUCAUCUGUGCUACAGUAUUCCUUUAACUGCAGACAUCUGGUGACUUGCUUCUGCUUUGUGAGUUUACACAUCACUUCACUGUGUAUAUUCAUACUUACGGUAAAAAGAAGAAAAAAAAAAGAACAUGUAAUGGUGUUUAACACUCCAUAACUGCUUUAAACACAAAUUUAGUACAUAAUCUGCUAUUGUUUAUUGAUCAGUUUUUUUCAUGAUUAUGUUGGCUCACGUAAUAGAUUUCUGUGUCCGAUGAUUAUAAUAGCACAACACACAUGGUUUAAUAACACAAUCUUUGUAAAAACAUAGAUUAUCUGAGUAAUUUA